UCAGGCUUGCCGUAGUGUUGUUCAACAUUUAGCGCGAAAUUUCAUAACAACCUGAUAAAUGGUGAGCGUAGCUGCUGCUGUAUGUCAAACUGUAACGAGUUGAACUUCUCCUUAUAGGUGACGUUUUUAGUUUAGUUCACAAUAAAAGUUAUAAGUGGUAACCGUCAGAGCAGCUCGUUGUUUCUGGGUAACACGGUAACUGAGGAGCCUCGUCUUUACAGCCACCUCGAAGCAAAAAGAGACAAUGAGGAGGAGUCUUGCUCCCAGUCAGCUCGCGAAACGGAAGCAGGCGGACGACUCCAGUGAGGACGAAGAGUGGACAUGUAGAAGUGAGAGAAAAAGAAAAAGCACCAACGAGAUAAGAGAGAGCCACAUUUCUCCCUUCAGAAAGCCACUCACACAACUGAACAACCGGCCUUCGUGUCUGGAUGGUGACCAACAUGAAGCGUUUAUUCGAAGUAUCCUCUCCAAGCCGUUUAAGAUCCCUAUUCAGAACUACACAGGCGCAUUGGGAAUCAGGGCGCUUGGUCUGAAGCGUGCAGGAGUAAGAAAAUCCCUUCAUGAUCCCUUUGCAGAAGAUGCUCUCGUUCUUUAUGAGCCUCCAACCCUGAGCGCACAUGACCUCAUCAAAGCUGACAAAGAUAAACUACCAGUCCAUGUUGUUGUGGAUCCAGUUCUGGGAAAAGUUCUCCGACCGCAUCAGAGAGAGGGGGUGAAGUUCCUGUGGGAGUGUGUGACGGGCAGACGCAUCGCUGAGUCGUAUGGCUGCAUCAUGGCCGACGAGAUGGGCCUGGGGAAGACCCUGCAGUGCAUCACUCUCAUGUGGACCCUGCUACGCCAAAGCCCCGACUUCAAACCGGAGAUAGAUAAGGUCAUUGUGGUUUCACCCUCCAGUCUGGUACGCAACUGGUACAACGAAGUGGGAAAGUGGUUGGGAGGACGUGUGACACCAGUGGCCAUCGACGGAGGUUCAAAGGACGAGAUCGAUAGACAGCUAGUGAACUUCAUGUCUCAGUAUGGUUUGAGAGCACCCACCCCGAUAUUGAUCAUUUCAUAUGAAACAUUUCGGCUGCAUGCUCACGUUCUGCACAAAGGCAAAGUGGGACUGGUCAUCUGUGACGAGGGACAUCGGCUGAAAAACUCCGACAACCAGACGUACCAGGCUCUGAACGCCAUGAGUGCCCAGAGGAGAGUGCUGAUUUCAGGCACGCCCAUUCAGAAUGACCUGCUGGAGUACUUCAGCCUGGUCCACUUUGUUAACACCGGGAUCCUCGGCACCGCCCAGGAGUUUAAGAAACGCUUUGAGCUUCCAAUCCUCAAAGGGCGCGAUGCAGAUGCUUCUGAUAAAGACCGACAGACAGGAGAGGAGAAACUCAAAGAGCUCAUCAGCAUUGUCAACAGGUGUUUGAUACGGAGAACAUCUGACAUCUUGUCCAAAUAUCUCCCUGUGAAGAUUGAGCAGGUCGUGUGCUGCAGGCUGACUCCUCUGCAGACUGAGCUGUAUAAACGCUUCCUGAGACAGGCCAAACCCAUCGAGACUUUACAAGAGGGAAAGAUCAGUGUCUCCUCCCUGUCCUCCAUCACAUCGCUCAAGAAGCUUUGCAAUCAUCCUGCCCUGAUCCAUGAGAAGUGUGUGGCCGGUGCGGAAGGCUUCGAGGGGGCGCUGGAUCUGUUUCCACCGGGCUACAGCACUAAAGCUGUGGAGCCUCAGCUCUCUGGGAAGAUGCUGGUUCUUGACUACAUCUUAGCGAUGACCAGGAGUACGAGUAGUGACAAGGUGGUGCUCGUCUCCAACUACACUCAAACACUGGACCUCUUUGAAAAGCUGUGCCGGUCUAGAAGAUACCUCUAUGUCCGACUGGAUGGCACGAUGUCCAUCAAGAAAAGGGCCAAGAUUGUGGAGAAAUUCAACAGUCCUUCUAACCCAGAGUUCAUCUUUAUGCUGAGCAGUAAGGCGGGUGGAUGUGGCCUGAAUCUGAUUGGUGCUAACCGCCUGGUCAUGUUUGAUCCUGACUGGAACCCAGCCAAUGACGAGCAGGCGAUGGCCCGGGUGUGGAGAGACGGCCAGAAGAAGACCUGCUACAUCUACAGGCUUCUCUCUACGGGAACUAUCGAGGAAAAGAUCCUGCAGAGGCAGGCCCAUAAGAAGGCGCUGAGCAGCUGUGUGGUGGAUGAGGAGCAGGACGUGGAGCGACACUUCUCUCUUGGAGAACUCCGAGAACUCUUCACUCUCAGUGAGGAGACCACCAGUGACACACAUGACAAAUUUCGCUGUCGGCGCUGCGUGAACGGCAGGGAGGUUCGUCCUCCUGCAGAAGACUCCGACUGUACCAGCAACCUUUCCCAGUGGAACCACUGCUUCGACAAGAAGGGCCUGAGGGACCAGGUGCUGAAGGCCUCCUGGGACGCUGCUGUGUCCUUCGUCUUCCACCAGCGAUCUCACGAGGACCAAAAGGGCGUUUCAUAGCAGGAAGGAAACGCUGCACCUUGUGGACUGUAUAUACUGAUAUUUAUUUGUUGGUCUUUUAUUAAAAAACAGAAAAAAAUAAAGAAGAAUCUUUGACCAUGUA